AGCAAUGUGUCCGGUGAUGCCAAUCUCAGCUGCGACAGCGCCGGAGCCAACGCGUCAUGCGUGACCGAGGACAUGGCGGCCGGGAGCCCGUAUAAGAUGGUGGAGAUGGUCUUCAUCGCCCUCGUCACCGGUUCCCUCAGCUUCGUCACCGUGGUGGGCAACAUUCUCGUCAUGCUGUCGAUCAAAGUAAACCGCCACCUCCAGACGGUCAACAAUUACUUUUUGUUUAGCCUCGCGUGUGCUGACCUCAUCAUCGGAGUGUUCUCUAUGAACCUCUACACGGUCUACAUCAUUAAAGGCUACUGGCCGCUGGGUCCGGUUGUGUGCGACUUGUGGCUGGCACUGGACUAUGUGGUCAGCAACGCCUCUGUCAUGAACCUGCUGAUCAUCAGUUUUGACCGUUACUUCUGCGUGACCAAGCCCUUGACGUACCCGACCCGGAGGACCACCAAGAUGGCUGGUUUGAUGAUAGCCUCGGCCUGGAUUCUAUCCUUCAUUCUCUGGGCUCCCGCCAUCUUGUUCUGGCAGUUCUUGGUCGGCGAACGCACGGUCAAAGAAGGCGAGUGCUACAUUCAGUUCCUCUCCAACCCUGCUGUUACCUUCGGUACAGCCAUCGCCGCGUUCUACUUGCCCGUGGUCAUUAUGACCGUGUUAUACGUCAACAUCUCUUUAGCCAGCCGCAGUCGGGUGUCCAAGCAGAAGCCCGAGGCCAAGAAGGAGAAGAAGUGUCUGAAGUCAGGCGGUCUGCUGAAGAGCCACAUCCUCAAACAGAACAACAACAACCAGUCUCCACCCAAACCCAGCCUGGACACCUGCAGCACUGCGGACACGGUGAAGAACGGUAAGCUGGACGAGUCCGUGGUAUCCACCAAGGCCGAGUCCAGUGUCCAACCGGAGGAGAAGGAAAGCUCCAACGAUUCCAGCACCGCCAGCAUCGCGCCAAAGGAAACCAAGGAGCGAGCCAACAGCGAGGCCACGUCGGAAGGAGGGCUUGCCCCUACACCCGCCGCGCCCAAACUCAACCCAGCGUCCAAGUGGUCCAAGAUCAAGAUCGUGACCAAGCAGGCCGGGGACGAGUGUAUCACCGCCAUCGAAAUCGUCCCACCAAACAGUAGCGGAGAACCCCGCUCGAUCCCGGUAAACCGCCCCCGAACGGUGGCGCGUAAGUUCGCGAGCAUCGCCAGGAGUCAGGUGAAGAGGAAGAGGCAGAUGGCUGCGAGAGAGAAGAAGGUAACAAAGACUAUUUUUGCCAUCCUUCUAGCCUUCAUCAUCACUUGGACGCCCUACAACGUGAUGGUGCUGAUCAGUACGUUUUGUCAGUCCUGUGUCCCGGACACGGUGUGGGCCAUCGGCUACUGGCUCUGCUACGUCAACAGCACCAUCAACCCAGCCUGCUACGCCCUCUGUAACGCCACGUUCAAAAAGACAUUCAAGAACCUUCUGAUGUGCCAGUAUAAGAACAUUGGCACCAGAUGA